UUGUAAAGCGUCCUGAAUGUUAAACUGAUACCAUUGCAACUCUCGUCCUUUCAUCGUUGCUGCCAUGAAGUUUCUCCGUGUGGGGCGAAGGGUUUUUGACACAGGAUGGGAAAUGGUGAAUCGACACUGGCCCAGCUGACUUCUACUGGUGUUUGCACUUUCCAAAAGCGUGGAGGCGCCGAUCAGGAUCGAGGUGGAACAGGCGGAAUUUCAUUUCAUCCCUGACCGCGGCUUCACGCUGACAGUCAGCUUUACGCUGGACCCAAUGGACACCAUCUAUAGCGGCACUUGGAGAAAAAUGAACACGUCAGUGGAGAUUGCAGAAUGCUACCUCAAACCCGAGGACAGUCAGAAAGUUUCAACUCAAGAGCUGCAAGGAACUUGCAGACUGCAAGACUCUAGCAUCUCAUUCACCCUGAGAAACCCGAUUCCUGGUGACGCAGGAACUUACUGUCUCAAACUGGUCUCAGAAGCUGGCAAAAUGGAACAUGCGCGCUUUACGGCAAAGCUCUAUGAAUCUGUUUCAACACCCAGUAUCAACUUGAACACGGGCGAAAUCAAAGUAGGCGCUAAUCUUACAUUAAUAUGUAAGAUUGAAAAUGGAACAGAUCCACAGUUUAACUGGCAAAUGGUCAGCAGACCAUUGGGCAACAAUACGAAACAUUCAAUAUCAGAAAAUGGCACGAUUCUGACCAUAACUGCAAUUACUCCUUCUGACUGUGGGUCUUAUAAGUGUCUCGUCAAGAAUGAGAUAAGUCAGCAGGAGAAGCACUUUAAUCUGUCCAGUGACGAUUACCAAUGGUGUCAGAAAGAGAGAAAUUAUGUGGCCACUUACGUGCUUGUUUUGCUGUUUAUUGUGAGUGUUUCUGCUUUGAUUAUGGUUAGGAUGUGCAGAGGGAAUAACAACGUGACUCAGGGAGCUGGUAACAACGAGCAACAGGGUGGAAACGAGUCACAAAGCGCUAUAGACAGUGGCAAUGAUCAACCCUUGAUAGAAAUGGAACGUAAUGAUGGGCAAGUGUCUUCAUCAUGACUCUAAUUCCCAGUUAAGUGCAUCGCUAGAUGCCCCACACAGAGUAAUAUAGCAAACUGAACUGCAGUAAGAUGUGGGUCAGACUAGGUGGCAAUGCCAGGUUCCAACUUCUGAGGCAGAUGAAUCAGUUGAUCCAGUUUUGACGACUUCUGGCAGCGUUCGGGGUCAUUUCCUGAAACCAGCGUCCUUAGGCAGCACCUUCCAAACCCAUGACCUCUACCAUCUAGGACAAGGGCAGCAGACCGAUGGGAACACCACCGCCUGGAAGUUCCCCUCCAAGCCACUCACCAUCCUGACUUGGAAAUAUAUA